GACAUUUCCUAAUCAAUUAACCAAAGAUAAGAGCAAGUCUAUUGCGAAACCAUCAUUUCCAAGGGUAUCAACUCUGAUGAAACCUACUGCUAGUCAGUUAGCCAAGCAAAAUCGGCCGCAUCAAAUUGGUGAUCCUAGGUUUUCGAAGUUUGUAAAUAAGGACAGCCAAAAACCCGGGAUCAAUCCUUUUGGCAUUGAGGUGCAAGCUGCUAAGAGACAAAAACUCGAGAGAGGUCUCUUGCUUAAGGAUGGCGGUACAAAGCAACAAAAUGUAUUGAUCCAUAAGGUGACUACUAAAAAGGAGGAAAUGAUUAUUGAAAACUCUACACCAGCGAAGAUAAAGAUCACCAUUCCUAGGGAGCCAGAACUAGCAACAACACAAAGGGCUCACAGGAGAAUGCCGAAAGAUGCUCCACAACCCGAUUGUGCAGCACCAAAUCUCCGAAGAUUCAAAGCUCGUCCAUUGAACAAAAAAAUUCUGGAAGCUCCCUCAUUACUAAUACCUAAACGAAGCACCCCUAGAUUGCCCGAGUUUCAAGAAUUCCAUCUGACGAACUCGAAUAGGGCGAAGCAUUCUUCAGCCACUUCAUCAUCUCCAUUCUUGGUUCAUGAAGGCCCUUCUGAUAAGAUGUUGAAUAGACCUAAUGUCCAUUCGGUUGAAGAAAGGAACAGCAGAGGAUCUAGAAGACCAAGUACAAUGGAUGUUUCAAGACUUGAAGGACAUGACACCAUUCAUAAUUUUAAAGCAAGGCCUCUGAACACGAAGAUAUUUUCAAGUAAAGGAGAUAUCGGAGUUUCUCGCAACAUCAAGAAGGAAACUACUGUACCUAUGGAAUUUAAUUUUCAUACGGAUAAAAGGAGAAUUCAACAAAAUUCAUCAGCUGUUGUUGAUCUAUUUAACAAGCUUUGUCUGAAUGAAGUUCAACCAAACACUCAAUCCCAAUUGACAUUGCCGAAAUCUUCUUGUUUUCUACAGUCUAAGGCUGCAAAAGAAAAUAGACAGGUGUCUUUCCAACAACAUGAUUGAUGGAUGAGAUAUGAUGAUUAAAAGGAGGAUAACAACAACCCUGGUUAGUUCUCAUUUUUUUGUAUACCCUCAAGAAUAUGAAUUUCUUGAAAGGAGAGUAAAAAAGUAAAAAAAAAAAAAUACAUGGUAAAAAAUAGGUUAACCUAUUCUCAUCCAUUGUAAAGACUGUUACUCCCAGUUGUCAAUAAAAUGCAAAAGGCUCUAAUAAAACUAAUAUUA